AAACUUUUUUGUUUUGAUUGUCAAAUUUUACGUUUUCGGUUGGAAUUCGGUCACAUCACAGAAUUUGAGGGUGUUUUCGAUGUAAAUAUCAUUAUUAUUAUGAGUUAGAUAAACGUCCGAUGAAACAACAUAUACAGUUUUACAUGAUACCAUAAGUUGAACCUGGAAAAUGUAUUUAUCUAGCAUUAGUUCGCGCUUACUUCUAUACGACACGAACAGUUGGGAUUUGAAAAAGUCUUACGGGUGUUACGAUGGUAUUUUGCGGGAUAUAUCUUGGAGUGAUGAUAGCAAGUACAUGUUACAGGUGAAUGCUAAAGGGCUUAUAGAGAUACUAAGUGCGGCCGAGUACGACGUGCGCAGUUUACAGCAUGUGCCAUUGAAAGACACAUGGUCGGCCAGUUUCCAUCGCGAAGGCCAUCGCAACAUUGCUAUAGGCACCAAGAGUGGCAAUGUUUUAAUAUGGGACACUAAAAACAAGACCAUCACCAAAACAUUCCCAACACCAUCACAUCAAUGUAGUGUCAACUUUAUCAGUUAUAAUGCUAAGAACACAAGUCUAGCUGCAUCGAUGCAUAGUGGUGACACCAUCAUCUACGGCCUCGUCUCUAACAUUCCCGUUUUAACUGUAAAACUGUUGUGUUCAAAAAGUAUUUCAGCUAUGAAGUUUCACCAUGAAUCAAGGUCGUUGCUAGGUCUAGCCACUGAAGAAGGCCAUAUGGUCCUGAGGGAUAUCACCACGAACAAAGAUAAAGCUUUCUUUGAAAAUGUGCAUGCAUCCCCUGUCACUGAUUUUGUAUACUCUCUUGUUAACAAAGACGUCAUGUUAUCCAGUGGCUAUGACAAAGUAAUGCAUGUGUAUGAUGUAAGACUGCAAAAUGUUGUUUCAACGAUUCGGACAUCGUAUACAUUAACUUCACUGGCUAUAAGUACCGAUAACCAUGUUGCACUUGGCACUAAAAAUGGAGUGAUCAUGGUAUAUGAUUUGAGGGAUCUGACAAGUCCUAUGAAGAUACUCAAGGGUCAUGAAGAAGAAGUACGAAGGGUCACCUUCCAGCCAACACGCAAGAAGUUGUUCUCGACAGAGGUCAGCUUGCGAGAAGAAAAUGAGCCCGGUUCGUCACCUAUUAAAAUAAAAUCACCAAUUCAGACCAACAGGACUUCAGACAUGUUUUAUAUAAAUGACACUCCUCCGAAGACUACGGUAAAUGUAUCGAGUCCUGGAGACAACAAAGCUGAUUCCUUCCUCGUUAUGAUGGGUUUGGAUAAAUCAAAUAAUUUAUUGGAUGAAGAUACAAACCGCCUAUCUCCAGGCAAAGAAAAGAAAAGUGAUAAAUAUGAACGAUACAGCCAAAUUAAUGCAGAGAAAGAUUUGAGCAAGGCUUCGACUCCACUCAACGUCAAUAACAAGAAGGCUGAACACUUUAGUUUUUCUUCACCAGUCUGUGCUAUGAACGGUGUCCCGGAUGACGGAUUGUGUUCCAACAAUGAUGUGAAACAUUUGAGUCCUACGAAUAAUUUUGUGCCCAACAUUGACACUAAGACUAUGGAAGAACUGAAAGAUUUCAUCAAGUUAAACGUUGCGGAUUUAGCUGAUGACAACCGCAACUAUUUCCUGCAUGUCAUGAUGGCUUUAACAAAACAGAAGCUGUUCCUGGAGAAGCAGCUUGCCACAAUGAACGAGCAAAUGAGGCUCCUUAUGCACAACCAGACGGCUCUGGUCGAAACAAACCGAAAACUUGCCAUGGAAAUAGACCAGUUGAAGACUCACAAAAAUCAUAGCAAAUAAAUGCAAAAACAGUAUCUAGUAUUAAUUUAAAUUAAACAUAUAUUGAACAAAUAAUAAUACAUGUAAAAUCCUCAAGAUAAUAAUGAAUUUACAUAAUGUUUGUGAUGUUAGUAAUCAGAGAUGAAUUUAAAAACAUUCCUAGAAAUAUGUUUUAAUAGUGCCAAAAUGGUGUGAAAUCUAUCACAAAAACUAAAAAUAGGCAGUUAAUUAAGUGUGCCAUGUUAUUUGUAAAUGUACUUUUGGAUAAUGUUAUAACUCAUAAGUCCCAAAUUGCCCCAUUAACUGUGUUUACAUUUAUCUUGUGUUAUUUGUUAUAGAUGAAUUAGAUAGGUGUGAAUUCAAAGAAAGUUGUGAAAAAAUAAAAAAUUCUGAGCACUA